UUCUUUCUUAUAAAAGACGGAGAAUUUCUUGUUUAUUGGACAUUCUGACAUUCUAACGUUCUUCUUCUAACUUCUUCUUUUUGCAUCUUGCAUCUUGAUCCCAUAGCUUGCAGAGUGAGUAAAGCUAAGAUUAUCACUACAAAGUACCGAUGUAAGUACUAAAUACUUGGUUCUUGGCCCUUGGUCUAGCCUGUUCCUUGGGUAUAGAAUUCCCUUUCAACAUCCCACUGUACUUCAAACCACCACAAACAACAGUUCCAACGACAGCCACCCUGCACAUUCACAGUUACAUACAAUAAAUUCUAUUCCAUCACACAAAUCUAACACAAAAUCCAGAACAAACUACACCACACCACACCCACCGAAAUAAAUAAAUAAAUCAAUCAAAACCCCAAUUUCGUCGUCAUGGCUCCCCACGCAGACUCCCAAUCAACCACCAACGGUGUUGCCGGUAGCACACUCAAAGCCACCGCCCCCACCUUCUCCCCCGUCACCACCAUCCCCGAAUCCAAAUAUCACUCUACCUCGACCGAAUCCGCCAUCCACGACGAACACGAAUACGCCGCCCACAACUACCACCCUCUUCCCAUAGUAUUCGCACGAGCAUCAGGAUCCAACGUCUGGGAUCCAGAAGGAAACCAAUACAUUGAUUUCCUUUCCGCCUAUUCAGCCGUCAAUCAAGGACAUUGUCACCCAGAACUCAUCGCAGCUCUCUGCGCACAAGCUCAACGUCUUACUCUCUCCAGUCGAGCAUUCCAUAACGAUGUAUUCCCCAAAUGGGCGGAGAAGAUCAAGAAUGUUUUCGGAUAUGAGAUGGUUUUGCCUAUGAACACUGGUGCAGAGGCUGUUGAGACGGCGAUUAAGAUUGCGAGGAAGUGGGCUUAUAAGGUUAAGGGUGUGGAACAGGACAAGGCGUUGAUCUUUGCUGCUGCUGAGAACUUUCAUGGAAGAACUGUAUGUUUUACCCCCAAUUUCAUUUAUUUCUCUGUUAUGUCCUACCAAAAAGAUGGCUAUCUCUGUACUCUGGUCUGCCUCCACGGCAGUGGCCCCCGGAGGGCCAGCGGAGCGUCAUUUUCAAUUGAUUUCAUUUUUAUUAAUGGGGGCAAGCCCCCAAACCCCCAUAGCUCGCUGCGCUCGAAUUGUUUUUAUUACCACUAAACUAACCACACAAUCUUAUUACAGAUGACCGCAAUCUCCAUGUCGGUUGAUCCUGAAUCCCGCGAUAAUUAUGGUCCAUAUGUUCCAGGAGUAGGUGCUCAAUGCCCAACUACAAAGAGACAAAUUAGAUUCAACAAUGUUUCCGAUCUCGAAAUUGUCCUUGAAGCUCAUGGAAAGAAUACCGCUGCCUUUAUUGUCGAGCCAAUUCAAGGUGAAGCUGGUGUUGUCGUUCCAGAUGAUGAUUACCUUUUCAAGGUUCAUGCUCUCUGCAAGAAACAUAAUGUACUUUUGAUCUGUGAUGAGAUUCAAACUGGUAUUGGUAGAACUGGACGUAUGCUUUGCUCAGAAUGGUCUGGCAUUAAACCUGAUAUGGUUACACUAGGAAAGGCCAUUUCUGGUGGAAUGUACCCAGUUUCUUGCGUUCUUGGUUCGAAGGAAAUUAUGCUUACCAUUGAGCCUGGUACUCAUGGUUCUACUUAUGGAGGUAAUCCAUUAGGUUGUGCAGUUUCUAUCCGUGCUUUGGAAAUCAUGGAGGAAGAGAAAUUGACUGAAAGAGCUGAGAAACUUGGACAUGUCCUCAGAAAAGGAUUGGAAGAUUUGAAGAGUCCCGUGAUUAAGUUGGUUAGAGGAAAGGGAUUGUUGAAUGCUAUUGUCAUUGAUGAAUCAAAGACUGGUGGUCAUAGUGCUUGGGAUUUGUGUCUGUUGUUGAAGAGCAAGGGAUUACUUGUAAGUUUCUAGUUCACGACCCAUAGCAUCUACUUUUGAAUAUCGCUAACGAAACAGGCCAAACCAACCCACGAGAAUAUCAUUCGCCUCGCACCACCACUCGUCAUCAGCGAAGAGGAUAUUCAAAAAUCCCUUUCCAUCAUCAAGGAAGCUAUCCUUGAAUUACCAAACCUCAAGGGCGAGAAAGGAGAUGCUGUUAUCCCAGCAAACGAGAAGAACGUUCAUAUUCCUUUGGAAAACUAAGGAUUCAAUUCCACCCAGUACACGAAUUUUCAUUUCAUUUUCCAGGGAGGUUUCAAAAAGAAUUUGGGUAUCUACUGUUUUUACUUUUUCUUUCUCAUUCACAAAGAUGUUUAGGAUCUAAAUUGGCAUCGGCGAAAGGGUAAGGGAAAUGAUAAACAUGACGUUUUGCUUGACUUUAAUUUAAAGUUGCAAUUAUACCUGGAAUUACACGGGAGGAGUUUUCGGUAUCUACUGUUUUGGACAAUUAAAUUCACUUUAUCGACGAUGGACAUGGAUUCUUGAUGCAAGUCGGGAAAAGGGAUGGAUGAGGGCCAGAACAUGACGCUUUUUUGCUUGACUUACUUCCUUAUACUGGUUGGUCGCAAUUAUACCCGAUAUACAUAGAUGGGAUGAAUGGGAUGGAUGGGCUGCAUUUGGGAGGACUUUCUGCAUCUUUUUGUGUUUUUUGAUUUGAUUGGAAUAAGAAGGGGAGAAAGGGGGAGAUGAGGAAGGGAAGGAGAAAUUGUAUUGAUUGGAUGUGGUGAGACGGGAUGGGAUGGAAUAGGGUAGUAGAGAAUAGUGAAUAAGAACAUUGUGA